AUUAUAUCCAUACACUGAAUUCAACCGCCAAUAUGCCCAUCACGCACAUUGUUAUGUUCCAAGUCAAGCAGGGCCUCAGCGCCGAAACCGUCAACGACCUGUGUUUGCGGAUGCUGUCCCUCAAAGACAAAUGCAUCCACCCUGUUUCCCAGAAGCCGUAUAUUAUUUCCUCAUCCGGUGGCAUAGAUAACUCCCCCGAAGGGAUGCAGAACGGUAUCACGCACGCUUUUGUGGUUGAGUUCGCCAAUGAAGAGGACAGGGCUUAUUAUCUCGAGAAGGACCCUGCGCAUCUGGAAUUUGUGGGCAGUUUGAAGGACGUAAUUGAGAAGGCGCAGGUCGUCGACUUCACCAACGGUGUGUUUUGAAUGGGUCGAACGAGCUGCUUUUUGAAGCUUAGUUUACGAAUAUAACGAUUGCCCUUUGAAUCCCAUCCUCCGCCAACGCGAGCUCUGA